CUCAGCCAGGCGCGCGCGCAUACUGGCCCAUUCAUGCGCUGCGCAUCGGUGUUGACAUAUGCACAUAUGCAUUGACGCAUAUCUCCACGCGAAUCCAGCUAUAACACGUCGCACCACUCAGCCUAGCCGCAGCCGACAGCCUGCAUUGGAGCAGCGCGCAUACUCGUAGCCGCGCGGGAGCGUAGGCGCCAGCAGCACAGCAAAAAUGCAACCACCAAAUGAAAAACAGAUCCCAGCAGCCGCCUUCACAGAAACAAAACGCCUCGCCGAGAACGCCCGCAACGUCGUAUCACUCGGACACAUAAAUGACAAGGUGGUCGUCCUCAAACGAGUGAGAGCAGCAACGGCGAAUCCCGACCGCUGCCCGGCGUCGCGCCGCUUCGACGCGGAGCGGCGCUACGCGUGGGCGCUCUCGGAGGACUCGGACUUUGUCUUGCGACCCAUCUACACCAUCGUGGAGGCGCCGGUGAUGGCCAUGGUCAUGCCCUACUGCGUCCACGGGUCCCUCGACCUCCUCUGCCGCCGCCCGCUGUCCUACGUGUUUUCCCUGCUACUGAUGACAGACGCAGCGAAAGGCGUCGCCCACGCGCACGCGCUAGGUGUCGUACUGCGAGACGUCAAGCCGGGCAACUGCCUCGUGGGCGCCGACGGCGUCGCGCGGCUCGCGGACUUCGAGCUUGUGCGGCACCAGUGCCGAAAUCACGACAUCGAUGGCAUGGAGGCUGACGAUCACUCACCGGUCGACGUCCGCACAGGCCGGCACGCCGGACGAGUUGCGGAGACCGGCGCCGCGCUACGGCGGCGGGCCCGCCGGGAAGCCGCGAAAAACUUUUGAAGGCACGCCGGAAUACGUCGCGCCCGAACUCCUGGAGGCCUACGACGCGGCGCCGGCGCGCAAUUCAUCGGCUGAUCCGAUGCGGGCGGCCGCGACCUUCGCGUCGGACGUCUACUCUCUGGCGGUGCUGGCGAACGAGGUCGCGUCUGGAAAAGCGCCGUACGAGGGCGCCGAGCGGCCGGACGCGCAACUGCAGACGGUUAUAGAGACGACCUAUACGACGCCCGCGCUCUGCCGCGCCGUCGUCGCGGGCCGGCGGCCCGACCUGGCCGACCCGUGUGGCCGAUCCGUGUUCCCGCAGCUAGUUGAAAGCGCUUGGGCCGCCGACGCGGCCGCGCGGCCGACGGCCAGGAGCUUCGCGGAGAGCCUCGUCGACUUGGGCGAGGCGCACUACGGUAACUGCUUAGGCGAGGAGAUCCACUUCCUGAAGGGGGCCUUCGAGCCGACGUGGCGCCGGAAACACCUCGACGUGCUCUUCCUCGUACCAGAACGCCUAGGCCACGAACUGCCGCCGCCGCCGCCGCCACCACUACCCGAGCUCUCAGCCGCGCAGAUCGCCCGCCUCGACGCCCUCGGCCGCGCGCGGUCCGGCGGUCCGCGCCGCCGCGGCCACGGUGUGGAACUCGCGCCGGGCCCCCGGGAAAGCAUGGAAGACACCGCAGCGGCGGCGGAGUGGGGCGCGUCGGCGUGCUAUGUUGUUGUCGACGGCCACGGCGGCGCCGAGGCGGCCGAGGUCGUCGUGGACCUGCUCCCGCGAUUGAUCGGCGCGGAGCUGCUCGCUGGCGGGACGGACGACGCCGCGGUGCGCGCCGCGCUACAUAGAGCCUUUCUCCGCGGCGACGAGGCGUGCCGCCCGGCCAAAGGCGGCGCGUGCGUUGUUGUGGCGCUGCUUCUAGGCGACGAUUUGUUUGUGUCAUCUGCUGGAGACUGCCGCGCGAUCCUCGAUAGAGACGGCGACGAGACCUGGACGUGGUCCCGUGCCUGCCCGGCGUCGCCCGAUGCGGCGCAAGGCCCGUUCGCCGGCGGCGUCGUCGCGCUCUCGCGGGACCACCGCCCGUCGGAUGCGGCUGAAGCAGUUUGCGUGACCGCCGUCGGUGGCCGCGUGUUUACGCUACCUGGCGAAGCAGAACCGCGCGUCGCUCAUCGGAGCGGAAAAGGCGGCGUUCGCAUAACGCGGGCGCUCGGUGACGCUGACUACCCGGGCGUGAUCCCCGAUCCACACAUCGUGGGCCCGGUCCGCCUGUUGGGCCGCGACGCGACGCUCACGCUCGUCACUGACGGCGUCUCGGACCGGCUCUCCGACGACGCCGUCGCCCAGAUCCUCCGCGAUACGUGUCCAGAACCGCACCUGGGGCCGAAGGCGCUGCUUGUUGCAGCCUUGGACGCCGGCGCCGAUGAUAACGUGUGCGCGCUCGUCGUCUACUUGAACCGCCAUCCCUGAGGACUGUUCUGUUUGUCUAAAUUCUCUUGUUACACCACACCACGCCAUCGCCGCGACGA